AGAAGUCAAGGCGUGAUUCACCAAACCAAACAGGAGCAGCAGCUUUAGAGUUCAGACAGUUGAGUGACCAGAAGAAGAAGAAGAAGAAGAAGAAGAGGAAGGAGAAGGAGAAGGAGAAGAAGCGAAAAGCCAAGGGCUCUCCCACACCUUCGUUGACCAGAUGAGUAAUAGUGCUUAUGAAAGUUCUUCUGAAAUGGAUCGACACGAUGUGGAUAUUGGAGGGGUUCCCUAUGUAGUAAUGGUGGAAAAUCUUGAGAAGGGGAUAUCACCAUUUACAAUUAUGGAAUUUAUCCAUCAGCAAGUUUCAAUAUCAUGUCAAGUACUUGUUUCUCCAAGUUUGUCGUCGGAGGCAUAUACAAGAGGAACCAUCACUGUGAACAGCAAAAAGAAUCUGGACAAGUUGUCUGGGUUUUUGGAGAAUCCAGAUCACAGCAUCAUUUCUUCAAAGGGAAGGCCUUGGGUAAUUACUGAGAAACGGCUAGCACAUGAUAUUUCAUUGGCUUCAAUUCAAGCCUUCAUUGCUAACUAUCAGACUAUGUUAAGGAGUAGAAAAAUUGAAACGAGCAAUGAAUUGAAGGUUGUCCUCUCUGGAACUGAAGAAUUCAACACAGCUAUGCUGCUGAAGAAUUUAUUUUGGGAAUUUGUUAAUCAUCAAGCUCGACUUCACCAGAGGUUACUUACUGAAGAGGCAAAGAUCUCUCAGCUAUUUGAUGCAGAAGAGAUGUGAAGUUCUUAAAGCCUAGUUCCUUGGGCAAUGUUAGUGUUGCAUCUGAAGGUUAUGAUGACUGAUAAGGGAUGUAAGGAAAAACAAACUCCAAUCAAGAAUACCCACAUUGGGUACCGAGCAUGCUUUUUUAUAUUUAUAUAUAUGUGUAUUGCAUUUAUUAGAAGAGUUGUAUGUGACACCUAUGAAUUAUGACCACCAACCUAAAAGUGCGACUGCAAUUGGGUGUAGACUUACGAAGUUCCUCACUUCACUCGAAAUCCAAAGCUCUAAAAUUUCAUAAUCUCCUUGUAACUAAUUAGAUAAUAAGAUUUCACAACCGUCACUAAUUUAUGUAUAUAUAAAUUAAAGUCAAUGUGGCUUCCAUUUAUUAACUUAUUUUUCAUAUAUUGCCUAUUCAUUUGAAGAGUUA